UGGCUCUAGCGUGGCGCUGUGACAGUGUGUCUUUGCAGGCAAAGGCUGCUCCUUGCGAUGGCCGGUGGCAGCUUGCCUAGGCGCCUGUCGCACAGCUCCACAGCAACCGAGUGGGUAGACGACGCAGCUACUGAUGUUUGCAUGAACUGCCAUGCUCGCUUUGGAGUCGUGCAGAUGCGCCGGAAGCAUCACUGUCGCAAGUGCGGCAAGGUCAUAUGCAGCGCUUGCUCGCGUUCCCGGGAAGUUGUGCCCGAGUACCAUCCAGUGAAGCCCCAGCGGGUAUGCACCAGCUGCAUCGAUUCUCCCACGUUGCCUCUAGCUGAAAGUCCAGAAGAGGCUGCAGUAGCAGCAAUGGAAGCUGCAAAAACGGGGAAGCGGGUGAAGCCUUUGGGCGCAAGCUCUUUGGGUAGCAUCCCGGUGCCUUCGGGAGACGACCCACAACGAGAGUUUGCAACCCUGGAGGUGCGCGUCAUAGAAGCAAAAGGCCUGUUGGCAGCUGAUUUCAACUUGGUCACAAAGAAGAGUUCGGAUCCAUACUGCCUCCUACAUGUCGGGCAUGGGGUGCAGGUGCAGACUCGCACGGUGAGUGCCACGCUCGAGCCUCGCUGGGACACAACCAUUGCGUUUCGCAUCAGCAGAGCAGAUGCAAUCCUGCACCUUCAGGUCUGGGAUGAGGACACAGCAACAAAGGAUGAUGCCAUCGGUUUCGUAGACCUGCCUUUGUCCAGGGUGCCGGUGUCUGGGGAACCACUGCGUGGAUGGGUGCCCCUGAAUCUACCAGAGGCUCAGCCCCUGCCUGGAGAAUAUUUUACGCCAACCAAGGGUGCAGGAGCAGUGCUGUUGGAGGUGCAACUGCUGGAUGUGCAGUCCAGGACACAUCUUUACGCCUGCGUGUCUCCGCUGCCACCUGUCCCCUUACCGCCACCUCACUUUGAUAUUGACGCGGUGUAUGGACCUGCAAUGCACUUGGUCGAUCUCAUUUGGACCCGCUUCGUGUCUCCAAUUCUCUUCUGGCUUCUAGAUUUGAUUUUUUGGACGAGCCCAAAGCGCUCCUUGAUUGCACUCUUCCUGUGGAACUUUGGAGCCAGAUACUUUGUUCAGCAUUAUCCAGCAUUCCUGCCACUGGGACUGGCUUGUUUCAUGCUUUCUUUUCGAGCACAGAAAGACGAAAGCGAGGUGGUUAGUGAUGCAACUCGUCGUCCCACCUUGCUUCGCAAGCAGACAGCACCUGCCAUCCUUGAAGAUGCACCUGUUGAGUCCGAGAGUGCUCCAGCGUUGACUCGCCAGGAUAGCCACGCGGACUACGAUGAGGCUCAGCUCGGCAGCGCAGUUCAGAGGCUUUGCUUUGUGCUACCUAGCUCAGUCAAGGAGCUUUGCCGUGGCUUCCAGCCUCUUCUUCGCACUAGCGCGGAUGCUGCACAGAUGGUCCACGAUAUCUUCGUCUGGGAUCACGAUGCAAGUCCAGCUGUGGCUGCCGUACUGCUGCUUUCUUCCCUAGUUUGCGAGGUGCUUCGCUUUGACAUUCUUCUUAUGGUG